GUUAUACUUUAUGACCACAUCACUUAGUGCAUCAUUAAACGACAACUGCCUGUUGAAACCUAUGAAUAGGUUUGUUUUUCUCUCUGGGCUAAACCUUUAUAUUUUAAAAAAUAUAAAGUAUUUAUAAAAUAUAAAAGGUUGCUUCUAAAAAUUAAACUUUUGAAUACCUUAUUUGCAGAACAGAUGAAUUAUAUAAUGAUUUCUCAUUCUUUGUAGGUAAUCAUGAGUGAUCGAAAGGCUGUGAUCAAAAAUGCAGAUAUGUCUGAGGAGAUGCAGCAGGACUCUGUGGAGUGUGCUACACAGGCCUUGGAAAAGUAUAACAUUGAGAAAGAUAUUGCUGCCCAUAUAAAGAAGGAGUUUGACAAGAAAUACAAUCCUACCUGGCACUGCAUUGUGGGAAGAAAUUUUGGCAGCUACGUGACUCAUGAGACCAAACACUUCAUCUACUUUUACCUGGGUCAAGUUGCUAUUCUCCUUUUCAAAUCUGGUUAGAAGUAUGGAAAUUUUUCACCCAAGUAUGCAUUCGGUUACAGGACUGCACGCUAAUUCCAAAUAGACUGAAGUCUUCAGCCUUCCCCAGGGAACAUACCUUGAUCUUCAAGCCUUUUGUUUUAAUGACAGGUACUCCUAUGUACCAAUUUGUGUUUUUGUUGUGGCCAUAAAAAAAUAGCAAAAAA